GCCCCCCCCCCCUCCCAGCCUGUGAGGGGGCGCCGGGGCUCCGGAAGAGGGAGGGCUCGGGCCUGUCACUCUGGGCGCUGAGCGUCCUUGCCUCCCUGGCCCAGGAGAAACCAGGAUGAAUAUGACUCAAGCCCGGGUGCUGGUGGCUGCCGUGGUGGGGCUGGUGGCCGUCCUCCUCUAUGACUCCAUCCACAAGAUCUAGGAGGGACACCUGGCUGUCUACUACAGGGGAGGAGCUUUACUAACUAGCCCCAGUGGACCAGGCUAUCAUAUCAUGUUGCCUUUCAUUACUACCUUCCGAUCUGUGCAGACAACACUACAAACUGAUGAAGUAAAGAAUGUGCCUUGUGGGACAAGCGGUGGAGUCAUGAUCUACAUAGACCGAAUAGAAGUGGUUAAUAUGUUAGCUCCUUAUGCAGUGUUUGAUAUCGUGAGAAUCACUGCAGAUUAUGAUAAGACCUUAAUCUUCAAUGAAAUCCACCAUGAGCUGAACCAGUUUUGCAGCGCCCACACACUACAAGAAGUUUACAUUAAACUGUUUGAUCAAAUCGAUGAAAACCUGAAGCAAGCUCUACAGAAAGAUUUAAACGUCAUGGCCCCUGGUCUCACUAUACAAGCUGUGCGUGUUACAAAACCCCAAAUCCCAGAAGCCAUAAGAAGAAAUUUUGAGUUAAUGGAAGCUGAGAAGACAAAACUUCUUAUAGCUGCACAGAAGCAAAAAGUUGUGGAGAAAGAAGCUGAGACUGAGAGGAAAAAGGCCGUUAUAGAAGCAGAGAAGAUUGCACAGGUGGCAAAAAUUCGCUUUCAGCAGAAGGUGAUGGAGAAAGAAACUGAAAAGCGCAUUUCCGAAAUUGAAGAUGCUGCAUUCCUUGCUCGAGAGAAGGCAAAAGCUGAUGCUGAGUAUUACGCUGCACACAAAUAUGCCACCUCGAACAAGCACAAACUGACCCCGGAAUACCUGGAGCUCAAAAAGUAUGAGGCCAUCGCUUCUAACAGUAAGAUCUACUUUGGAAGCAACAUCCCUAGCAUGUUUGUGGACUCCUCUUGUGGUUUGAAAUACUCAGAUGUUAGAACUGGAAGAGAAAGCUUGCUCCCCACAAAGGAGGCUCUUGAACCCUCUGGAGAAAGCUCCAUCCAAAACAAGGAGAGCACAGGUUGAUGCAAGAGGCAGAAAUGUUCUCCCAUAUCAAGAUGUGGCCCAAGGGAUUAAGUGGGAACAAUGGUAAUGUGGACUCUUAAAGAUUUUGCAAAGAAUUUGUGUUCCCUCUAUUCUGCUUCUUCUGUGAUAGUCCUGGUUUGUCAGCUGAUUACAGGAGAGAGCCAGCUGUCUGGCUCUCAAAGUCUUUUCAGCUGUAAUCUUAUCACGUAUCCUGUACGUGUUCCUUUUCAAACUGGUACUCAUGAAUAAGGGAAAGUCUGAUGCUAAGAUACUGCCUGCACUGGAAUGUUAAACACUAAAUAUAUAACAAGCUGUGUUUUUCUAAGCUGAGAUCUAUUGAAUAAUGUUUACAUUGGUCUCCUGGGGAAGUGAGUGCUCAACCAGUCAAGAUAUGUACAGCCAGAGAGAAGAUGGCCAGGAUCUGGUAAGUUAGAGAAGACGGACUCUGCCUGGGACCCAAGCUCCGACUUUGGGAUAUGGUGCCAGCCUUCACCCACGUGAUGAUUACCCAGGCCACUCAGAUUCCCCAGGAAAUGAUCUUCCACUUGAGCAAUCAUUUACUUGAGAUGAUUUGUACCUUCUUGUUUUUCUACAUUGGUUUAGUGGCCUGCUAGGGACAUGUGCUUUGCACCUAACCAGAGAUUGUUUGUAGAUUUUUAAUCGCUAGUUUAUUGCAUUAGUAGGCUCAGAGAUAAAGAGGGCGGGCUUGGCUUGA